GUAAAAUUAUUUAUUCAUUCCUUCUUGUUUAUCUUUUUAUUUAUUUUAAUUUUAUAAGUGGCCGGUAUUUGUAUUUGAUCUCUGUUAUUAAUCAAGUUUAAUUUUGCAUGAUCUGACGAUUUUUGGUGUUUCUGGCCUAUGUUUUUGGAAAUAAUUUUCACCUGAAGCUGCUAAUUUUUGUUUCUUCUUCUACCUACUGAAAUUUCUUGCUUCGGAAAUGCCAUAAGCUAGGGUUUUGCAUUGUGUGAUGGUGUCUCGUGUUUUGAAUUUUCUGGUUGAACAUGGCAAUGUUGAAUUUCGUCAGUGUUAUGAUGUAUUUUUAUAAAUGAAGUUUAUUAUAUUGGAUUUUUUAUAUUUAAUUUUUUGGUGAGAUUUUGAAGUUUGAGUGACGCUUUAUUUUUUUUGUUGAAAAUUUUUUAAGUAAAGUUGGAUUCUGGACUUGAAGUAUCGCAGAAGAGAUAAAAUCAAGAAACUGAACAGGAACGUCUGAGAGCUUCGAGUUUAUUGGAUUCAUUUUUAGCUGUUUAACACUGUUGUAUUCAGAUAUUUACGAAAUGGGGACUAAUAUCAACUUCAAGAACUUCACCAACGACCCUUCGGCUGACGCCGGUGGAGGAGCAGGCAGCGCCACCCGCCCGCCGGGGAACUUUCCCUUGGCCAGACAGACAUCUAUCUACUCGUUGACCUUCGAUGAAUUUCAGAACACCAUGGGGGGAAUAGGUAAGGACUUUGGGUCAAUGAACAUGGAUGAGCUUCUCAAGAACAUAUGGAGUGCGGAGGAAACACAGAGCAUGGUAGCCUCUUCUGGUGCUGCCCAAGAGAAUCUGCAGCGCCAAGGCUCUUUGACCCUGCCGCGAACCCUCAGCCAAAAGACUGUGGAUGAGGUGUGGAAAGACAUAUCGAAGGAUUAUGGGAAUGGAGGUGGUACUGCAGCAGCUAAUUUGCCCCAGAGGCAGCAGACUUUAGGGGAGAUGACUUUAGAGGAGUUUUUGGUUAGAGCUGGGGUGGUGAGAGAAGAUGUUCAAUUAGCUGCAAAGGUUAAUGCUAAUGGUGGUUUUCUUGCCGAUUUAUCGAAGACGGGGACUUAUUCUGCUUUAGGAAUGGGGUUUCAGCAGAAUAGGAGCCUGGGACUGAACAAUAAUAAUACUAAUCAGAUUUCUAUGCAUUCCUCGAAUUUGCCUUUGAAUGUUAAUGGGGUCAGAUCAAAUCAGGCCCAGGUGCAGCAGCAACAGCAAAUAUUUCCUAAGCAGCCUAAUUUGGGAUACGCAACACAGAUGCCUUUGCAAAGUAGUCCUGGAAUGAGGGGUGGAAUCAUGGGGAUUGGGGAUCAGGGAAUCAGCGGUGGUUUGAUGCAGGGUGGAGCUUUGGGAAUGGUUGGGCUAGGAGGUGCUGUAACAGGAUCACCUGCAAACCAGCUGUCUUCAGAUGGGAUUACUAAAAGUGGGGAUACAUCUUCAGUGUCGCCAGUUCCUUAUGUCUUUAAUGGAGGUCUAAGGGGAAGGAGAGCUAGUGGUGCUGUGGAGAAGGUGGUUGAGAGGAGGCAGAGAAGGAUGAUAAAGAACAGAGAGUCUGCUGCAAGGUCACGAGCUCGCAAGCAGGCUUAUACUAUGGAGUUGGAAGCAGAAGUUGCAAAGUUAAAAGAGGAGAACCAAGAAUUGCUAAAGAAACAGGUGAUGGAGAUGAUGAAUCAGCAGCAGGGAGUAAAGAAACGUUGCUUGAGGAGGACUCAGACCGGUCCAUGGUAAAGUGCAGAAGAGUAUUGUGAUAAUACAGUUGAAAAUUACAUAUGGUAGGUGGGUGUAGAUAUUUGGGAAACGCCUCUAUUUAUGUAGAUUAAGCAGGAGGGAGUGUUACAGACGAUGACAAAUGAGAGUUUUACUGUUGUAGAUUAAAUCAACCAAUAUCUGUUGUCUAUUUGCUUCUCUUCUGAACUUCUUUGUUAGGUAUAGCAGUGGAAGGGAAGUAAAUGCAUUUGAUCUGAGUUGCAAUUUCAUAUAUGUUUGAAAGCAUGUCCAUUUUUGGUCAAAGAAGUUUCUAAUUUAAAACCUUUUGGAAUUUCUGUUUA